CAGCCUCAGCCCCCGCCCGAGCCCGCCCCGCCCCUGGCUGGCGGCGCCUGCGCGGGGCCGGGACCCGGAGCCAGCGGUCCGUGCGGUGCCGUCCCGGCCAUGGAGGCGGCGCGGCGGUGGCCGCUGUGGCCGCUGUGGCCGCUGUGGCUGCUGUGGCUGCAGGGCCUGGCGCUGCUGUGGGGCCGCGCCGUGGCGGGGCUGGAGCAGAUCCGCACCACGGUUCCGCCGGCGCCGGCGCAGGCAUGUUCAGCAUUUUCCCAGAAGUCCUGUGAAGAAUGUCUAAAAAACGUUUCGUGCCUUUGGUGUUACACCAACAACACAUGUAUCGAUUACCCUGUAAGAAGUAUUCUUCCACCAUCUUCAUUGUGUUCUCUCUCAAAUGCCCGAUGGGGAGUUUGCUGGAUAAACUUUGAGGCUUUAAUUAUUGCCAUGGCUGUGGUAGCUGGACUCAUUCUGGUGUCCAUAACAGUCUGUUGCUGUUACUGCUGUUACUGCAGAAGGCGUUCCAGGAGCAGACUGGAUGAAGAAGAGGAGCAGCUAGCUAGGAAGAGAGAGGAACGAAGACUACAGUCUCUUCAGAGGAAACAUGAAAGAAAACUGAAGCAUGAUGAAAUACGUAAGAAGUAUGGUCUUCUGCAGGAUUCUGAUAACCCUUACAGCAGAUUUGAGAAUGAAUAAAAAUGAGCACCUUCCACCAGAGCUGUAACUCUAGAAUCCAAGAAGACAGUUUGUUUUCGUUUGCCCUUUGUGCUCUUCUGUUUUUUUUUUUCUUUCCAAAGUGUUUUUUCCUGGCUCUAAAGCUAGAAGCAGCUAAAGACUUUCUGAAAUAUGUUUCUGUUUCCUAGGUGUAUCGAAUUUUUUAUAAAUGUUUUUUUGUUGUUGAACUGUUUGCUGAAGUUUGUUGGUUAUCUUUCCUCUUCUUAAAUCUAUAUUUUAUUACUCGACUUAGAUGGUUAAUAGUCAAAAUAGUGUGUUUGAGUUCAGUCUUAACUGCCACUUAAAGUAGUUGUUUUCAUGUUGUUCUCUCUUCCUAAAUAAGGAGAUUUUAUAUAUAUAUAUAUAUAUAUAUUAAAAAAACCAAAAAGCAACAUGGAACUACAGCUCCACAUAGCAGAAGCAGUUGAUGCAAAAUACAUCAUGUGCAUUCUUGUGGGUGGAGGGUUUUUUUGCCUGGAAAAAGAUCUUCCAAGAGUGUAAUGUGUAAGGGUUGACAGAGAGGAGCAUAGUUUUCUUUGAAUAAUGGAAUUCAGUUUGGGGAAUGUUAAUACGUACCUUGGAUAUAGCACUGAUGUGAAAAAGAAACCAGUUAGCAAAAUAGGAGGAAGGUCCAUCUUGCAACAAACAUAGUUAUGUGUUCCUAAAUUUAAGAAACAUCAGUCUGUGUGAACACUUUCUUCUGCAAAGUUAAUGUAUAUUGAAAAAAAAGGUAUAAAGUUGCCCAGAUUCUGCAGUUUACCAGGGCUGACCCUGGCCAACAGCUAGAGCCCUGCCCAGCUGCUUCCUCCCUCCCUCAGCGCCAUGUGGGAGAGGAUGGGAACAGCAAAGGGUUGAGAUAAAGGCACAGUAAGUGAAGGAAAGGAGGGUAGUGGGAACAAAUUCUGCAAAUGCGAUUGCCACCUCCCAGAAGCAGACAUUUGCCCAGUACCCCCCUCCAUUUUUCUUGGUGAGCCUGCAGUAGGGUCAGUUUGCAUCAGUUUUUGCCAGCUGUGCUAGCUUCUUGCUCACCCCUGGUCUAGUCACUGGAGCAGGCACAGUGGGGGAAAAAUGAAACCUUGAUGCCGUGCAAGCAGUGCUCAGCAAAAGCCAAAGCACUGGUGUGUUACCAGCACUAUUCCUGCCACAAAUCCAAAGCAAAGCAGCAUCGUAGGGGCUGCUAUGAAGGAAGUUACCUCAGUUGCUGCCAGACCCAGUACAGUAACAAGGCAGUAUUUUUUUAACUUUCUAUUGUUCUUUUGAUAUUUUCCAUAAUGUGAUAUUUUCCUUUUUCAUAGAGGUCUUUCCUUGAGCACUUCCAGUAGCUUACCAUUAUGAUGUGACAAGCAAAGAGCUCUUCUGUCCCCCAGUCUGAUUGUAUGUUCCCAUUUAUUUUGUACAUUUUAAAUCACCUCCCUUGCUGUUUAUUAUCUGUUAAACCAUAUGUACAGUAUUGAAGAUGUUUGUAUUAUUUUUCUCCACCUUCCUAAAAUAAACUCUUUAACAUCUUGAA